AUGGCUCUUGAUGCAGCGUGCCCAGCCCAGCGUGUACAGAGCUACGGGACCUUUGCGUCACACACACCUGGGUCUCCUGCUACACAAAAUAAGACAACCGACACCUUGUUCCCUUAUAUCAAAGACAACGUUAAGGAGUAUCUGCGCGCGCACUGGGAGGAAGAGGAGUGCCAGCGGGAUGUCGGUCUUUUGAGGAAACAGGCUCUAGAGGACUCCAGCUUGGAUGGAGUUGUACCAAUUCCUUUGGAGAGCGGAAGUGGGGAAGAAGAACUGGAGCGGGUUAUCCAGGCUGUCGUAGACAACGUGUGCUGGCAGAUGUCCCUUGACAGAAAGACCACGGCCCUGAAACAACUGCAAGGUCACAUGUGGAGGGCAGCCUAUGCAACUGGACACGUGAAAGGAGAAGUCUUUGAGGAUGUGGUACCAGCUAUCCGGAAGUGGAGAGAAGCAGGGAUGAAAGUCUACAUCUACUCUUCGGGGAGUGUUGAAGCCCAGAAGCUUCUGUUUGGAUACUCUACAGAAGGUGAUAUUCUAGAGCUCUUCGAUGGCCACUUUGAUACGAAAAUAGGACCCAAGGUAGAAAGUGAGAGCUACAGAAGGAUUGCCGAGAGUAUUGGGUGUGCAACUAACAACAUCCUCUUCCUGACCGAUGUCCCUCGAGAAGCGAAUGCCGCUGAGGAAGCCGAUACCCACGUGGCUGUGGUGAUCAGACCAGGCAACGCAGGACUGACAGACGACGAGAAAUCGUAUUACAGUCUCAUCUCAUCUUUCACUGAACUUUUCCUGCCUUCCUCCACUUAGGGAAAGCGGUGCACGCACAAAAGACUGUGCUUCACCUGAAUUGUCCGUGUAUAACCUUAGCUAACUAUGUCAGUAAUCAGAAUUUAAAACCAAACCCACAUCGCGUAUUUGGAGCCACAACUAGGGCAGGUGUGGUGGAGAGAACGGUGGGGGGUUCCUAAUGCACUAGGACUGAGGCCUGCAAAAGCCUGCCAGAGCUGGGGCCAGUCUGAGGAGCAGCACCCAUAAACCUUGUUUUUCCUGCACUUUCUGGCUAGGAAUUAGCCCAGGGGAUGCUGCCCUCUGUGACACCCAUUGCAACCUGGUGCUGAGAAGCCCCACCAUGAGCUCUGUCCUCCUGAAAAACAUUCUGCCAACAAAGCUCGCAUCCCCACCGCUUCCCGAGGGGCCCAUGGGGAUUACAGGGAGAGGCAGGCUUCGCCCUGUAGAUGGGAUUUCUGCCUCUCGCACUAAGUGAAAACUUCCAAAGUUAGGUCCAUCUAUUUUAAAAAAUUAAAUUCUAAACCCACCUCACGGUGCUGCCCAGUAGUGCUGGGCUGCGGGGUCCAACUGGCUGCACACCAAAGUCAGCAUGGCUGCCUUUCUGAAGUGUUUCUCUUAGCGAUACCCUGUUGCACUCCUCAGUAGCCAAAAUCACCUGUCACACAUUCAUGGCACUAGUCAGCUGAGAGCAGCCCUUUAUAAAUAAUUGCUGGUAAUGGACGGAUCCUGCUGCAUUUAAUGAGAAUUAAAUCCCAGACCUUUUCACACAUCCUGCCUAAAUUGUGCCAAUUUGUAGCAGAUGUUCAUGGAGCUUUUCCUACUGUAGUGAUUAAAAACACAAGUUUGCUUUCAUUGUGUUCACUCUAUUGCAGUAUUUAGCCUUGCUGUCUAUCAGUGACUCCAUCACUUAAAAACAACUUUGGGUUUUUUUUUUUUUAAACCCUGUAAACACAUCAUCUUUUCUGCUUUCACCCUUCCUGGUCCAUUCUUUAAGGCAGGUUAGCCUGACCUGCAGAGGAAGCCGCAUUUCCUCCCAGCUCGACUUAUGAUUUCAGGAGGGGCUCCUUGGGGUAUGAGGGUGAGGGGCACAACUAGACCAUGCCCAGUAAUAGCAGUGACAGGGGCAGUCAAAGCCGAAGGCCCCGCUCCCUGCUGCUGGGGCUUUGUGCCUGGGUAGCGUUUGCUGCUUGCUGAUUUCUGCGUGUGUGAGAGCCUGCGCUCACAGCUCUGGGAAUGAGCUGGCCAAAACAGACUGCCAAGACACAUGUUGCCAUCCUGAACUCUCGUGUACGUCUACAGAUGCCCCUGUUGAGGCUGCUGUAUAGACCACAAGCCAGAGAAAGGCAUUUGGGGAGGAACCACAUCAUGCCAGCACUGUCCUUCUAAAACGCUGAUGGUAGCAGGUAAGGCUGCGAGGCAGCUAGCUGCAAUGCCUUUCUGGGCUGUGUCACGAGUGUGAUCCGCUUCCUAGAAGGAGCCUGCUAAUUAGCAACUAUUACAAUACGUGUAUCUGCAUGGCUGAAUAGUCCCUGGCUUCGUUAGUGCUAAUUUGUAUCACGACAGUGUAAAUAUUCACCUUUUGUUCUGCCUUUUCCAUUAUAAAACUAUGCAUGGGGUAUGGGGGAAAAAUAAAAGUCACGGUCUCCAUAAAAGCACUUUA